AUGUCCGGAAUUGGAAAUAAAAGAGCAGCUGGAGAGCCUGGCACAUCCAUGCCUCCGGAGAAGAAGACCGCUGUUGAAGAUUCAGGGACCACAGUGGAGACAAUUAAGCUCGGGGGUGUCUCUUCAACGGAGGAGCUAGACAUUCGAACACUGCAAACCAAAAAUCGCAAGCUGGCAGAGAUGCUGGAUCAACGGCAGGCCAUUGAAGAUGAACUCCGUGAGCACAUUGAAAAACUGGAACGAAGACAGGCCACUGAUGAUGCCUCACUGCUGAUUGUCAACCGGUACUGGAGUCAGUUUGAUGAAAACAUCCGUAUCAUCCUUAAACGUUAUGAUCUGGAGCAAGGUUUGGGAGAUCUCCUCACAGAAAGAAAAGCCCUUGUCGUGCCGGAACCAGAACCAGACUCCGAUAGCAAUCAGGAACGGAAAGAUGACCGAGAGAGAGGGGAAGGGCAAGAGCCAGCUUUCUCUUUCCUCGCUACCUUGGCCAGCAGUUCCAGUGAAGAAAUGGAAUCUCAGCUGCAGGAGCGAGUGGAGUCCUCCCGCCGAGCCGUGUCCCAGAUUGUGAUGGUCUAUGAUAAAUUACAGGAAAAAGUAGAGCUCCUGUCGCGGAAGCUAAACAGCGGAGAUAAUCUGAUAGUGGAGGAAGCGGUGCAGGAGCUGAAUUCCUUCCUUGCUCAAGAGAAUAUGAGGCUACAGGAAUUGACAGACCUCCUUCAGGAGAAGCAUCGCACCAUGUCUCAGGAGUUCUCCAAGUUGCAGAGUAAAGUGGAGACAGCUGAGUCACGAGUUUCUGUCCUGGAGUCCAUGAUCGAUGACCUGCAGUGGGAUAUUGACAAAAUCCGAAAGAGGGAACAGCGACUCAACCGACACUUAGCAGAAGUCCUAGAACGGGUGAAUUCGAAAGGUUAUAAGGUCUAUGGAGCGGGGAGCAGUCUCUAUGGUGGCACAAUCACUAUCAAUGCCCGGAAGUUUGAGGAAAUGAAUGCAGAGCUUGAGGAGAACAAAGAGUUGGCUCAGAACCGUCACUGUGAGCUGGAGAAACUUCGGCAAGACUUUGAGGAGGUCACUACACAAAAUGAAAAGCUGAAGGUGGAAUUGCGGAGUGCGGUGGAAGAGGCAGUUAAGGAAACUCCGGAAUACCGCUGUAUGCAGUCACAGUUCUCCGUCCUGUACAACGAGAGCCUACAGUUGAAAGCGCACUUGGACGAGGCCCGGACUCUGCUGCAUGGCACCAGGGGGACCCACCAGCGCCAAGUUGAGCUCAUCGAGCGAGAUGAGGUUAGUCUUCAUAAGAAGCUGAGGACCGAAGUGAUCCAGCUGGAAGAUACUCUGGCCCAGGUCCGCAAGGAGUAUGAAAUGCUGAGGAUAGAGUUUGAGCAGACCCUUGCUGCCAACGAACAAGCAGGCCCCAUAAACCGGGAGAUGCGUCACCUCAUCAGUAGCCUCCAGAAUCACAAUCACCAGCUGAAAGGGGAGGUCCUAAGGUAUAAGCGGAAGUUGAGAGAAGCCCAGUCUGACCUGAACAAGACGCGCCUGCGUAGCGGCAGUGCCCUCCUGCAGUCUCAGUCUAGUACUGAAGACCCGAAGGACGAGCCCACGGAGCUGAAGCAAGAUCCUGAGGACUUACCUGCCCAGUCCUCUGCAUCGAAGGCAUCUCAGGAGGAAGUCAACGAAAUUAAGUCCAAACGGGAUGAGGAAGAGCGAGAACGAGAAAGGAGGGAGAAAGAGAGGGAGCGAGAAAGAGAGCGGGAGAAGGAAAAGGAGAGAGAACGAGAGAAGCAGAAACUAAAAGAGUCAGAAAAAGAAAGAGACUCUGCUAAGGACAAAGAGAAAGGGAAACAUGACGAUGGAAGGAAAAAGGAAGCAGAAGUUAUCAAACAAUUGAAGAUUGAACUCAAGAAGGCACAGGAGAGCCAAAAGGAGAUGAAACUAUUGCUAGAUAUGUACCGCUCUGCCCCAAAGGAACAGAGAGACAAAGUUCAGCUAAUGGCAGCUGAGAAGAAGUCUAAGGCAGAGUUGGAAGACCUGAGGCAAAGACUCCGGGAUCUAGAGGAUAAGGAGAAAAAGGAGAAUAAGAAAAUGGCUGAUGAGGAUGCCUUGAGGAAGAUCCGGGCAGUGGAGGAGCAGAUAGAGUACCUGCAGAAGAAGCUGGCCAUGGCCAAGCAGGAGGAAGAGGCUCUCCUCUCUGAGAUGGAUGUUACAGGCCAGGCCUUUGAAGACAUGCAGGAGCAGAAUAUCCGUUUAAUGCAGCAGUUGCGGGAGAAGGAUGAUGCAAAUUUCAAGCUCAUGUCAGAACGUAUUAAGUCCAAUCAGAUCCACAAGUUACUUAAAGAAGAGAAGGAGGAGCUGGCUGACCAGGUUUUGACUCUAAAGACUCAGGUUGAUGCUCAGUUACAGGUAGUAAGGAAAUUGGAAGAGAAGGAGCAUCUGUUACAAAGCAACAUUGGCACAGGGGAGAAGGAACUGGGUCUUAGGACUCAAGCCUUAGAGAUGAAUAAACGCAAGGCGAUGGAGGCAGCCCAGCUUGCAGAUGACCUCAAAACACAACUGGAAUUGGCUCAGAAGAAGCUACAUGAUUUUCAGGAUGAGAUUGUGGAGAACAGUGUCACCAAAGAAAAGGACAUGUUCAAUUUCAAACGAGCCCAGGAGGACAUCUCUAGACUUCGAAGGAAGCUGGAGACCACAAAGAAACCAGACAAUGUACCCAAAUGUGAUGAGAUCCUGAUGGAGGAGAUUAAGGAUUACAAGGCACGCCUGACCUGUCCAUGUUGCAACAUGCGUAAAAAGGAUGCCGUACUUACCAAGUGUUUUCACGUGUUUUGCUUUGAGUGUGUGAAGACACGCUAUGACACCCGUCAGCGCAAAUGUCCCAAGUGUAACGCUGCAUUUGGUGCCAAUGAUUUCCAUCGCAUCUACAUUGGUUGAGCCAAGCCAAGAGAAGAAGAGGGAAUGGCUAGACAGGCACCUAUUCAGUAACCAUCAAACCUCUACCUCUUCUCACCUUGACUGUCACCUACGGGGCAGUUUAUCUGUCAACUACCUUUCCUUCACAGACUUUACGUCCAGGUUCUCCUCCCUAAUAUAGCUACAUGACUUCAGGGAAAAGGACUGGUAAAGGCAAGUCUUGGGUUUUAGAAUGAAUUAGAAAUCUCUUAUUUGUCUUCCCCACCAGCUUGUUUCUUUCCUGCUUUUAAAUUUUUCAGCAUU